UCAGAACACAAUCAGUAUGACGUUUAACAGCGCUUUGAGUUUAGCUGGAAUCAUACUUCUCAGCAUAGCAGGUUCUCUCUGCCAGUUAGAUGUAUGUGGUCGAGCCUCCCUCAAGAACAGGAUUGUUGGAGGGGAAAAUGCGACAGCAGGGGCUUGGCCAUGGCAGGUCAGCAUUCAUGUCGUCGGUUUUGGCCAUAAUUGUGGUGGGACUCUCAUCACUAAAGACUGGGUUUUAUCUGCAGCUCAGUGCUUCCAGAGUCAAAAUGAGUCUGACACUGUGAUGUACUUUGGUCGUCUGAACCAAUCUGGCUCAAACCCUAAUGAGGCAUCCAGGACAGCGAGCCGAAUCAUCAACCAUCCUGGCUAUGUCGGUGCUCCUUAUGACAACGAUAUAGCACUGGUCCAGCUCUCCUCCUCUGUGAAUUUCACUGAUUACAUAAGGCCGGUCUGUCUGGCAGCGGCUGGGAGUGUAUUUGGUGGAGGUACGGAGAGCUGGGUCACUGGAUGGGGCAGACUACAACCUGGAGGCCAGGUUCCUGACAUACUGCAGGAGGUGAUGAUACCAAUUGUGAACAACAGUGCCUGUGCUAAUGCUUAUGGAGGGAGAAUCACAAGCAAUAUGAUUUGUGCUGGAUUGUUAAAUCAGGGAGGAAAAGAUUCAUGUCAGGGAGACGGUGGAGGUCCAAUGGUCAGCAAGAGCGGCUCCCUGUGGAUUCAGUCCGGCAUUGUGAGUUUUGGUAAAGGAUGUGCUGAGCCCAAAUAUCCUGGUGUGUACUCCAGAGUGUCUCAGUACCAGGACUGGAUCAAGUCUAACACAGGCAGCAACCCACCUGGAUUUGUUGAAUUCAACACUGAAAAGCCAACAUCCAACUCCAACUUCGGAAGCGUUCCCAACCUCCUCUUAUUCCCCCUUUCUCUCACAUUCUCCCUCAUUCCUGUCUCCCUCUCUCUCUUCCUAAAGACUGUCUGA